UCUCAGUUCUGAAAAGAACUGUCCUGGCUGCUUUUUAACUACUACCUGAGCGAAAGGUAGAAAAACAACCGGGACAAACUACUUUAGCUUUUAGUGGAUCGUUAUUAAAUUGACUAUCGCGGAGUGAGUUCUUAAUUUGGUCUCAUUGUUUCAACUAGCUUGCUCUAGUCAUUGGCUGGAGACAGUUAGUGAAGAUUCAGUUUUAUAAUUCCGAGAUAUUUGUCUGGAAGAUAUCCACAUCUACCAAGACUGAAUCUACAUGCAAUGUAUGAUAUGGCUUCUCAAACACAACUCCUGAUGCUACAUGCAGCUAUCACUCUUACACUCAUCAUUUUAAACAUCAAUCAAACAAUAGCUUCUGGUGCAACUGCAUGUAAGACAAAUAUGAGAGAGUUUCUAUCUGCAGAAAAUAGAAAAUUACUUCAACUUUCAUAUCAAGCGAAAGUAACUCGUUCUCAUGUCCUCUGUGUGAGUUACUGUCAUGCUGAUCCUCAGUGCCACUCAGUCAAUUACAACAUUGACAAUCAUCUGUGUGAGCUCAACAACGCUACUAGGGCUCAGUAUCCUGAUGACUUCAUUACAUACUGUGGUAGUGUGUACUUUGAUGCUGAUCCUGAUACAACCAUCUCCUCUGGGCCUGCUGAAUACAGCAGUUGCCAGGAGCUUCUUGAGGCAGGUCAUAAUGUGAGUGGUAUCUACACAAUAUUCCCUGCUGGAUUCAACAACACCCUUCAAGUCUACUGUGACAUGGACACUGAUGGUCAGGGCUGGAUGGUCAUUCAGAGGCGUCAAGACGGCAGUGUCGAUUUCUAUCGUAACUGGACUGACUAUCAGGUUGGCUUUGGUGACAAAUCUGGUGAAUUCUGGCUAGGAAAUGAGAAUCUACGUACCCUGACUGAGUCUGCAGGACCAUGGAAGCUGAAGAUUGAGAUGGUCAGAUGGGAUGGAGAAGAAUCCUUUGCUGAAUAUGGACAGUUCAAGAUUGGUGGGGACAACUAUCAACUUGAGAUUGGCUCCUACAAGGCGAGCAGCACAGCAGAAGAUUCACUUGAAUGGCACAAUGGAAUGAUGUUCACCACCAAGGACAAGAAUAAUGAUAAGUCUAGCGGUAACUGUGCUGUACGGUGCGAAGGAGCAUGGUGGUAUAAGUAUUGUUAUGAUUCUAAUUUAAAUGGUAAGUAUUAUCCAUAUGAAUCUGGUAUCGGGGAUGGUAUACAUUGGUUUGGUCAGUGGGCCUGUGGACAAGUCGUUCCCAAUCUCUCCUCGGUUCUCGCGACACUAGAGAUUGUCUCGCGAGACCAGCAGCUUCGCGCGAGAGCAGUGUUCUCGUGGGAGCAGUAUUUGAUCGCGAAACCUGAAUCAUUACGCCACCGCCACGACUCAACUAUAUCACCGCUACAGACCACAAGUCUAGUCUUUAAGUGUUUCUUCUUCCACACUAUCUUAACUCCACCAGCAGCAAUCAAGACUUAA